UGGAGAAAUAUUCUUAAAUCACACAUUCAAGCUUAGGUAGUUGUUGAAGAAACAACUUUUUCGUAGCCAGCGAUUAGCUAAACAAAAUGGCUACCAUUACUAAAUUGACUACGUUAGCUAUUCUCUUGAGCACCAGUUACGCUGGUAUUCUUCAUGGUCAUGAUCAUUCAUUAGACCACGGCUUGGCACCAGCACCUCUGCCUAGUUUAUCAGCUCCUGGUGCAUACGCAGCCUCAUCAAGAUAUGCUUCAUCGCAUGGCUACUCCGCAUCAAACAUUGGAGUACAAUCUAGCUUCGCGCCUAGCUCCUUCCCAGCUGGAUCGCUCCCCUCAGCAACAUAUUCAGGCGAUGGAUUCAUUGGCGGAGGUGUUUCUGGAUACAACGGAGGUUUUGGAGCUAGUGGCCUUACUGAGGCUGCAGUUAGCGGCCCUGGUCUUGCCGGAGCCCCAUUAGGUGGCCCUGGAUUGACGGGACCUGGUUUCGGAGGAGUUGCUGUAGCUCCCCCUGUUGGAGUAGAUGCUGCUCUUCCGGGAGCUUUCUUGGGUGGACAAUCCCCUCCAGUUGGCCCAAAAUCACCUGUUAUCGACGAGAUCCAUGGACUGGCCAAUAAUAACGGAGCGCCAAUCCAGUAUCGUGUGCGCGACGAGCCAUACCAAGUUCUCAGGGAAGUGACACACAGAGUCCCUCAGCCGAUCCCAGUCCCGGUCCCACAGACCGUGCAAGUGCCAUUUCCCCAACCCUACCCCGUCCAAGUUCCAGUUGUGAGAAACGUACCCGUUCCUGUUGUGAAGAUUCAGCACGUGAAUGUUGACAAGCCAGUACCAUAUCCAGUGGAGAAGAUUGUUAAGAUCCCAAUUGAGAAGGUAAUUCACGUGCCUGUCGACCACCCAGUGCCAGUUGAGAAGAUCGUCGAGGUUCCCAUCCUCAAGUUGAUCAAGGUCCCAGUCCACGUUGUGAAGACCUACCCAGUACCCGUUGUGAAGACCGUCCACCACAAAGCCCACGUCAGCCACGGGCACAGCUUCGGCCACGGUCCUAGCUUCGGCCACGGUCAUGGGUACGCCCAAGGUUACGGACACGGUAACGGCUGGUCCCAAUGGUAAAGACCAUUCCAGACAGAAUCAAUAAUCUCUACGCUCCUGUAAAUAUUUGUAGAUCAAUCUGUAAGCUCAUCGAGAGGCUGCCAUGUUAGGGUGAUAACUAAGUCAUUAAUUUAGGUUUAUGAAUUGUUUAAUCUGUUAUGUUUUUGUUUUGUAAAUAGUGAUAUUUAGAUUUAUUACAUCAAUAAAACGAUUAUCCAAAGAA